AUGGUGGAAUCUAAGUGUAAGAUAUUGUUCCGCGGUUGGAAAACUAGCUCCUAUGCGCCUGACGUUAGAAAAAGAAUCCGAAUUAGGCUUGCAGACCUACUAUUAGGCUUUCAGUGUAGUAACCUAGAUGCUGAAUAUAGACUCCCAUCUAUAGUAAAAGAGAAGAAAGUCAGGCGGACACUGGCAGCUGCAAGUCAGUCGUUCAGUAUCAGAGGCGCUGCGCUGCCCUUGGCUAAAAAGGUUUACUUCUCUGUCACUUCCAAGCCAUUACUGACUGAAUCUGGGAGGGCAAAAGGCUUAGUAAUAGUAAGCUUCUCAACCCUGGUAAGGGUUUACUUCGUCCCAGGCCAGGUCGUUGCUCGUUGCACGGUAGGCGGCUUUGAGGAAAGGUAUGAAGUCACUCGCCCUUUAGCUUUAGAAAGCAGGAGAGGUGCUUUAGCAACUCGACUGAAAGGAGAGGUUGUGAACACAAACUCGACUGAAAGGAGAGGGAGAGGGAUUUGACUUUUUCUGUCAGGCCAAUUUCUUUCUAGUGGUAAGUGCUUUCAGCCAGUUCUAGUCCUUUUCUUAUACGCUUAUUGGCGUUAGCACAUUCCUCUUUCUUAUUGAAUGGAGUUGUUUUGUUUUGCCACCUGGAGUUUUAAUGGAAGUUUGAGUGCGUCCUAAAAGCCAAUGCUUCUGCCUUUUGGAAGUGUCUGCCUAUAUCUGUCCUCCCCAUUUAAUAAGUCUCUGUCCUUACCUUCGACGGUAACCCCUUUAUAGUACAGCAGUCCCGUUUCCGGCAGUGCCUUCCCCCCCUAGUCUAGACCGAGUAUCAAUAGUUGUAGUUCCUGUCCGUUAUGGACCCUUCGUAUCUUUCAAAUCCAAUCAAUGUGUGGUGUGUAUCCAAUAGCAAAUGCAAUCUCUGAAUCUAUUACAGCCAUUGUAGCACUAGGUGCCUACCCAUAAGCAGUAGUUGCCCUUGAAUGUGCAUCAAAUCCUAAGACAAGCCUAUCUAAUCUCGCUUCUUAGUCUAAAGCACUCAAAUCCCUUCUA